AUGGUCCUACAGAUUGCCUACGCCGCUCUCUCCUCCGUUCUCCCGCCAAAGUACUACCCCCAUGCCGUCGUCGCUCUCGUCGUCCUCCUCGUCGUGCACGCCUUCGCCCGCGGCCGCACCACCAACCGCGACCGCGACCUCCACGCCCGCGUCAUCCUCGUAACCGGCGCGUUUAACCCGCUUGGCCUCGCCCUCGUCACCGCUCUCGCCACCCGCGGCGCUCAUAUCAUCGCCCUCUCCCCGCACGCUCUCUCGCACCCCGCACCCGCCGUGCUCGUUCCCCUCCUCCGCGUGAGCACCCGCAACGAACACAUCUAUGCCGAGCAUGCCGAUCUCGCCGAUCCUGUAUCCGUCCGUGCCUUCUGCACCCGCUUCCUCACCACACCCGGCGCAGACACCCGCAUCGACGCACUCGUCCUCGCGCACGAGUACACGUCCCUUGGCACCCUUUUGCGCUCGCGGAACCCAGCGCAGAGAGAGAAGGAGCGUGAGGCUGCGUCCCUCGCGACAUUCCUCCUUAUUACCCUUCUCCUCCCCGCUCUCCUCGUCGCGCCUCCCGACCGCGACAUCCGCAUAGUCUCCGUCGUCAAUCCCUUCUACGCCGCCGCCGGCCCCUCGUUCGCCACAUCCCUCGCGGAUUCUUCCACAUCAGCACCACCGCUCUUCCUCGCGGAGGGCCGUCGCGCCCUCCGGACUGUCGUCCUUACUCGCCACCUCCAGCGCAUCCUCGACUCCCUCCCAAAUCGAGCACACGCUGCUUCUGAUGCUACUUCACCCUCGGGCUCAAACGAAGCAUCGGCCUCGGGGCCAGACUCCGCGCGCCGCCUCUCUCAGCACCCCUCCAACAUCGUCGCCGUCUCCGCCUGCCCCGGGCUCAGCCGCAAAGACACGGUCGAACCCCUGCUCGGCGCAUCGCGCGGCGUACCUGACUCCUCGCCGCUCGGCGCCGUCCUGUACGCCCUCCUCUUCCCGCUGCUCUACCUCCUCGCGAAACCGCCCGGCGCGGCGCUGCAGAGCGUGCUCCACGUGCUCUUCCUCCCCACGCCGUUCAAGCGCGCGCAGGCGCACCUCGCCGCGAGCCUCGGCGCCGACGCUGCCGCCGCUCCCACCCCGUCGUCGGACAAAAGUCCCCGGGAGGAGAAGGAGCGAGAGGCGCCGGAGGAGGUGCUCAAGCCCGGCGCGCUGUAUAGAGAGUGUGCGGUCGUCCGGCUGGAGCCGCCUGUACCGCCUAAGGAGCAAGAAGGCGAGGAUGAGGGCAAGGGCGGCCUCCCGGAUGAUGGCGAGCUUGGCGGGGAGGCGCUCGGCCGCGCGGUGUGGGAGUGGUACGAGGCGCGGCUGAAAGUGUGGGAGAAGGGAGCGAAAACUCAGGGAGAGGCUGAGAAGGGCAGGGAGCGCGAAGCGGAUCAGCAGAAGGAGCGCGGGGAGGGAGAGAAGCAGACUGAGGACAAGCAGGACGGCGGUUCAUGA